GUACCGAAAAUAAACAAACAGCGCUUUGAGUCUCGAUUCUCUUAUUUUACCAUAUUCUCGGGUUGAACUCUGGCUCAAUAGUUAUGAUUGAAGGAAUUUUAGUUGAAUAAUAUGUUGGAGAUGUCCUAUAGUUGGGCAUUGUUAGCAUCGAAAUAACAAUUCGAACAAGAAAACAGUUAAAUAUCACAUCAUUGCUCUGUAAAACUGUAAUAAAUUUAAAAUGUCAGAAGUCAGGGUUCCAGUUCGUGUUCUGCCGAGUGGUAAAGUUUACCGACAAAUGUUCGAUGCUGAAGUUCAACUUGUGAACUCACUUCAAGCCAGAAAACCCGAAAAGCAUCGUUUACCACCACUACAAUUGAGUACUGAAACUGCCCAACAUUCAAGAGAUUUAAAAUCGUCAGGAAAUAUUUUGACAGAACGUCAAAGAUCAUGGAUGAUUGGGAUGCCAAAUGAUUAUGCAACAGAAAAUCCAGUAAAAUAUAGACAAACAACCACAGAAGCAGCAUCAAGAUUACAGGAAAAUGAACCAGAUGCUGAAAUAGUGGAAGUACGUGGACUUCCUAAUGUCUUGUCCAAAACGAAACGAGAAUCCAACAUUAUUGAUAAAAUUGCGGAAAGGAGAAAAGAACGUCAUGAAAUUGAAGUUGAAAAGAUGCACGAUGAUCUAUGUAUGAUCAGUAACAGAAUUGAACCAAGAAUUACUGAAAUUGGACAAUUUUUGAUAAAACAGUUUGCUGAAGAUGAUGAAAAAAUUAAAGCUAUUUUCAAGGAAAUUGAAUCAGAUGAAGAACUGGUUAACUUCAGUCAUGAAAUGUUGGAACAAAUAUGGAAUAGAGUUGAAGAACAUUUUCCAAAAAGAAAAACAUGGGUUGAACUUGCUGAUGCCAACUUCGCUCUUGUUGAACAUGAUAGAAUUGAAGUGAUAUCAGGUGUCUUCAGAAAAUAUGCUGCUGUAUUGGAAAAGAUAGCUUCACUUAUGCCUGCUGAUGUUCAGAGAUUCAUUGAAAAAGAAUCAAUGAUGGCAAAUCAGAGCAUACUUGCAAACAGACGGGCAUAUGCGAAACUACGAAUCAAUUUAUUGGAAUCUGAUAUUCAACGGGAAAUGGUCCAACAUUUAACAUGGAGUGAGAGAGUUCAGGAUUGGAAGAAAUUAAAUGCAGAAAUUGCAGUUAAACAAUUCAUUGAAUUUAUGAAUGGAAAUGAUGUAACGAAUCCACCAGACAUAGAUGGAGUUAAUGAGAGUCAUCUGCAAGAACAAACCCAAUUGCAAGAAAAACGAAAUGAAACUUUGGAACAAUUACUGGAAUUCAAGCCGCCUACAUCAACCAAAACAUCAGUGUAUAAAUGGAAUUCAGCACUUUCCAAAUCCCAAGAAAAUAUAGAUCAACUUCAUUUAAAAUGGGUUCGAACACUGAAUGAAAAAUAUGAAAAUGUUUGUCAAAGAUGCCUUGCUGAAAUUGACAAGUAUCGCCAAAAUUUACUGUUGUCAAAAGUAUGUUCUGAAGAAGAUGUUCAGCGAAUUGUAAACGAACACAUGCUGCCUCUUGUGGGUCAGCGUCAACGGGAAUUUGAGUCCAAGCUGGAGAAGAUGGAUCAAAUUUUCGAAAGUUUGGCUAUACGAACAGAGCACCAACUCAAACGUUUAUUCAAGUUUACUCAGGGUGCAGCCCAUCUAUGGGAUGUUCAUGAAAUUGGAUUGGCAAAACAAGAGAGAAAACUUCAGAAUGAUCUUGAUGAAAGCCGCCAGAAACACGAUGUUGACAAUCAAGAGCGAGAAUCAAAAUUAGAUGUUGUUAUGGACAGAUUAAGACAAGAAAGUACAGAAGAAGCAUUGACUUCUUUUUUACAAAAAUCACUCGAAAUGCUUGAACAUAUCUACAGCGGAUAUGAAGAAUUUCAUGAAGAACAGAUCAACACUGUUACAAAAUAUCCUGACAUGGUUAAAUCAGAAAUUCAACGAUAUGAUGACGCUGUUUGCACUUUUUUCAAUGUCAACAGAAAUAAACCUACUCAAAAUUCAAAUACACAACCUAAAUCCCCGAAGAAACGCAAUGUAGCUGUAGUGAGGGCACAGCAUACUAGAAGAUUGUCAAUGGUGAGACCAGUUAGUGCCCAAGAGAGUUCGACAGAGAGAAGGUUGUCUAUUCAACAUAUUCCUGAGAGGAGAACACAUAGUGCAGAACAUGAUAAGCAGAGACCAAGAAGUCCAUCACCUCUUGCUAAACAAACAUCACCAAGACCCAUACAAGAGAAAGCAAAAGUAUUGCGAGACACCCUCACUACUGAUAAAGGAACCUCAUUUUAUGUUGUCACUGUUGCUGAUAAGGAAGAUUUUGAAGAAGAAGGAGAGAAAGAAGAUACGAAAGAUGAUGAUAAUGAAGAGGGAAGACGUUCUUCUGCUCUUUCUGGCACUGCAUUCAUGACAGAAGUUUCUGACGAAUCAGGUAAAUCUGAAAUGCCUAUGUAUAUCAGAACAGUGUAUAUGGAGACAGCCACCCUUCGUAACAUCAAAAAAUGCAUUAGAAUGCAGUUCCUGAAUCAUUUGGAAACAUGGAGCGAACAAGCGAUGAUAAAUGCAGACAAUUCAGCAAGAGAUAAACAAGAAGAACUCGCAUCUGAACUUGAUCUUAGAAAACAUCUACAUGAACCUCGUGCCAAACGUAUCGAAUUAGAUGUCCACAAUGUUAGAGCAGCUGAACUGGUGUUACAUAAAGAGCGUGUAUCAAGACAUUGUAAGGGAAUAACAGCUGCAUUGCUUGGAUUGAAACAAGAUUUUGAUGAAAUGACAAAAGAUCAUGAAAUACAAGCUUCAAAUUUUCGAACUAAAAUCGAAGCAAUGGAAAAUAUAUUCAUCAAUGCUACAAAAUCAGCAAAACUAGUUGAACUGACAAACUCACUACAUGGAAAUCUGGAUAGUUACAUGCAAGCUAUCAAAGCAUCACUCAGACAUUUUCGACAAACUCUAGAUAACACUCUGAGUAGAUUACGAGAUUCAAAUGCUCAAUGUCUCAAGUCUUUCAAGCUGUUUUCACAAGGAGGCAACUUCUCGCCAGAUGAAACUGUUGGUCUUCGUAAAAAACUUGAAAAAAUGUCUCAAAGAGUUGAUGCGGCAGAAGGUGUCAUCAUGCAUGAUUUGGAAGGAAUGGAAUCAAAACGACUCGAUCAAGCUACUGAAGUCAUCACCAAGUUUGAAGACAGGUUCCGCAAUCACAUGUCUGAUUUGACUUUCAUUGAAAAAGUUCAACGAUGGAUUACGAAUUCACAAGUUCGAAUAAAAACGGAAGUUGCUCAUUCUAACGGAAUGGCAGCAAGUGUAGCUCGACAUGUUAAACUUGUCAAAUCAAGGAUAGAUGCUUGUAAACAUCCAAAUCCUGACAAGGAGGACAUUACACCAAAGUUUUUAUGUCAAUAUACAAAUGAAGUGAUGUCAUGUCUUCAUACAAGAGCUGAUUAUCUUAAUUGUAAAGUUAAAAUUGUUGAAGAAUCUCCUCUGCAGUCAAGUGCUCAAGAUCUCACUGACCGCACUCCAGUCGAAAAGCCAGCAUCUAGAGGUGGGGGACUAACACCUGCUCCAUCAUCAAGACAAAAAAGUCGGCAGAGUCAAGGCAGAAAUUCAAAAGCAGGGUCAAACAAACCAACACCAUCAGGUGUGAGUGCCCCAAGUCGAACUGACCUUCAAACUGGUGGAACAUCAAGGAGAGCUCAACACCAGGAAGAUUCUGCUAUUGGAAUGAUUAAGAGCAUUCUCAGGGCACAGAAAGGGAUGGACCCUGAGUCAGAAGAUUUAAGAUCAGUUAUGACAGGAGGAACAAGACCUAUUCCCUCUACUGCUGCCUCUCAGAUUGGAAAUUCUCGUAUGCAGAAAGGUAGUUUUAAAAGACAAGGAACAUUAACAAGCAUUGCUGGAAGUACAACUGAUUCUGAUAAAGGGAAAAAGAAAGAUGGCGGAAGUCGAGUUGGAUCUGGUAUAUAUAAACGACGUGAAACUAAAUUCGAACUUCGACAUAUGGUGUUCGGUACUUCAUCAACAUCUGGAACUCACUUUGAGGCAAAGAUCACUCAAAUACUGUAUGAAACAUUAGACGGAUUACUUUCAACUGGAGAAAUUUAUUACAAACAGAAAGGAGCGAGAGCUGUAACUAGACCAGAUCAUAUGCAGGAUAAUUUUGAUCAGUUUUCUGAUGUUGUUGUUGCAAAAUUAUUAAACUACGAAGAACAAACCAAAGAAUACCACAAUACUUCUUUACAAGAAUUCCGCCAUCAGUUGAAAACGCUUGAGGAAGAUUUAUCAGAAGUUCCUAAUUUAGUUUUGGACGAGAUAUUGAGAAAAAGUCUGCAAAAUCUCAGAAGAGAACAACAGAUCAUUCAAGCUGAAUUUUUAAUAAAAGAAGCUAACUGGAAAAAAGUGAAGGAAAAUCACAAAGUUUCUCUCAGACCAACAUUAGGUCAUCCUGAUCAGGAAGUAAGACUUCAACAACUGAUAACAAAAGAAGAGGAAAGACAGGCUGAAAAUUUGUCUGGUAUUCAACAACACAGCAAGGAUUUAAAUGAAAAGGCUCAUGAAGUCACAAAGCAUUUUUUGCUCAAUAUUGGACAGGCUUGUGCAAGUUUAUUGGAUCAGUUUGAUUAUUCUCUCACAAUCGAUGAUGUCAAUUCAGGAAAAAUUGAGUUGAAAAAAGAACCGACUAGUAUAUUACUACGGAAGAAAGCUGCUGGUAUUGAUCUGCAUGACACUUCAUAUCGACCAUCUUUGCCACGUGGACCUAAUGUCUGGCCGGGGCUUGAGGUUUCUCAUCUUCUUGAAAAGGGAGAAGUAUUAACUGAAGUAGCAGAAGACAUAAAUUGCAACAAGACGACGCUUUCACACACAUCAUCCGUCACCACCAGAGAUAAAUGCCUUACAGCCUUCACUGAAGCCUAUAAUUCAGUCAUGGGUGAAAUUAAAGAACAGGAAGAAUUAAGAACACUCAGUGAAGAGAGAUGGGCUGAAAAUUGGCGACAGUCUGUUCGAAACGUCCAACAGCUUUAUACGUGAUUGAUAAAUUCAAAAGAUUAAUUUGUUAUAGGAUGUAGAUGUAUAUAUAUCCCUUGUAUUUUCCACUGUUUGUAAUAAAGUUUUAGUUUUAUAGUGU